AUGGGAGCUGUCCGUCAUCAGGGCCAACUGAUAGACCUCAGAUUCCUUCUUGGUGUCUUCGAAGCAGGGUUUAGUAGAGUCCUCGAUGAUGGAAUCGCCGACCAAGGCGACUCGAAAAACCAAAACACCUCUAUCUUUGUACUCCUCAAAGAACUCUCAAAUUGGCGAACCUGGGUGCUGAUACCGGGCUACAUGACCCUUUUGGGAACAGGGGCUAUCUCAUACUUCUAUCCGACUUUGGUCAACGACAUGGGAUACACCUCCACCGCCGCGCAGGGACGGCUAUUGGUGGGCAACAUGAUAGUCGGGAUGAUGUUUUUCGCUCUUACGGAGGGUAUUCAAAACUAUAUUGCGCGGUAUGUGUUUUUGUGCUUCAUUAACAUGACACUCUGGACGGGAAACGCGCUGGCUCUUUCAUUUGCUACUACCGCUCUAGCUUCGGUUACUCGUGAUGUUCGUGCGAUCAUGCUCGCGCGGAUGACUAGCGUUGCUGCUUUGGGGUAG